AUGUAUACAGUAAAUAUUCCAAGAUAUGGGUGUAUAUUAUUAAACUCAAGUCUAAAUAGUAUUUUAAUGGUAAAAUCUGUAGAAUCUAUUGAUACAUGGAAUUUACCAAAAGGAAAAAUAAAACUAAACGAAUAUCCUCAUGAAUGUGCAAUUAGAGAAACAUACGAAGAAACAGGCUUCUAUUCUUUUGACGUCACUUAUAAAUUAUUCAUUGAUGCAAAAAUAGGAAAAAAAUAUUUUGGUUAUUUUAUUGUUUUGAAUGUUCCAAUGAAUUAUAAAUUUGUGACGAGAAGUCCAUAUGAGAUAAAUGACAUUCAAUGGGUACUAAUCAAGGACAUUUUCAAAUGUACAAGACCAAAUAUAGAAACAAUAGUUGAAAAUAGUACAUUAAAUAAAACAACAAAAAGAGAACCAAAAUUUCGUCAAGUCUUCCCAAUAAUACAGAAACUUUUAGUUGUGAUAGAAAAUUUGAAAACAUUUAAAAAUUUAUAA